AGCUGUGCAUUUAAAUACAAUUAGGGUGCUGCAUUUAUGGUGUGUGUAUUUUGCCACAAUGAGACAACAGGGCAAGGAAAUGAUCGAGCUGAAACCACACACCACCACCAGUGAGCUGGGAGGUGGAACAUGAUGGGAUAAUAGAUGCUCAAUAGGGUUUCCUGUAAAUUUUUCAGGUGUGAUCAUGGUGACGGGGUUUUGUCUCCAAAGAGUGCAUAUCUUUCAGAAACACUUGGGGGUGAUGUGGAAUCAGCCAGAGCUGUGAAUGUCACCUCGCUCCCCCACAGGAAGGUUGGGUGUGAACUGUGCUGGGGCUCAGGGCCAGAACCGUGGAGGCCCCCGAUCCGAGAUGCUGCUCCUGCUGAUGGUCCUGGAAGCCCUGUGGGCAGGAGGCAACACCUUUGAGACCCACAUCAUUGGGGGUCGAAACGCUGUCCCCCACUCACGCCCAUACAUGGUCUCGCUGCAGAAGUCUGGCUGCCACCAAUGUGGCGGGGUGCUCCUGAACCAAAAUUGGGUGUUGACAGCUGCCCACUGCGUGACCCAGCCGACGCAGCAGCUGAGGCUUGUGCUGGGGCUCCAUGUGCUGGGAGAGCCCAGUCCUACCUACCGCAUCAAGAAGGUGGUCCUGCACCCCAAACACAAGCCAGUCCCUCAUCUGGAGAAUGACCUCGCGCUGCUAAAGCUGGAUGGGAAGGUGAAGCCCAGCAAGACCAUUCAGCCCCUGGCCUUGCCCCAAGGGCGCCAGGCGGUGGCCGCAGGCACCCGUUGCAGCGUGGCCGGCUGGGGCCUGACCCACCAGCCUGGGCAGUUGGCCAAGGUGCUGCAGGAGCUGGACCUGCGUGUGCUGGACACCAGGAUGUGCAACAACAGUCGGUUCUGGAACGGCACCAUCAGCCCCCACAUGAUCUGCCUGGCAGCUGACUCCAAGAGCCAGGCCCCCUGCAAGGGGGACUCAGGCGGGCCUGUGGUGUGCAGAAGAGGCCAAGUGGCUGGAAUCCUGUCCUUCAGCUCCGUGGAAUGCACUGACAUCUUCAAACCCCCCGUGGCUGUCGCCGUGGCCCCCUACAUGCCCUGGAUCAAGAAGGUCCUCCGCCACUAACGGCCCACUUCCCUCACCUUGACCCUCCAGAGGUGGCCCUGAUUCCGUGUUCCAAGGAGCAUCCUGCAGCAGGGCAGCCAGGGGCCCGGAUGUAUCAGGGGACCAAUAAACUAUAAUAAUAAAACUGCUUGAGCC